UCAGCUUCCGGGAAAAAAACGGGCGCCUUCUAUUGCCCGUCGCUCCGUGACGACAGCGGAGCGCGCCUGCUUUCUGAGGUCCGCUAUAGGUGUAGUGCGGGGCUGGCGAGUUGGCUGGCUCCUUCUGCCUUGAACCUUCCUUGGGCUCUAACCCCACAGCGCAGGGCGCCGCGGCCAGGCUCUGAUGCUGGUCACUGUUAGGAGGUUAUUCACAGCUCUGCUGCAGGCUCGGAAGCAGCCCUUUCAGCCCUCCAGAGACAUGAGACUGGUGCAGUUCCAGGCACCCCACCUGGAGGGGCCUCACCUGGGCCUGGAGGCUGGGAAUGAUGGGGGGGUCAUUGACCUCAACGCAUUUGACCCCACACUCCCCAAGACGAUGUUGCAGUUCCUGGAGCAGGGAGAGGCCACCUUGUCAGUGGCAAGAAGAGCCCUGACAACCCAGUUGCCCAUCCUCCCACGGUCAGAGGUGACCUUCCUAGCCCCAGUCACACGGCCAGACAAGGUGGUAUGUGUGGGCAUGAAUUAUGUGGACCACUGCAAAGAACAGAACGUGCCUGUGCCCAAGGAACCCAUUAUCUUCAGCAAGUUUGCCAGCUCCAUCGUGGGGCCCUACGAUGCGGUGGUCCUCCCACCAGAGAGCCAGGAGGUGGACUGGGAGGUGGAGCUGGCCGUGGUCAUUGGAAAGAAAGGCAAACAUAUCAAGGCCACAGAUGCCAUGGCUCACGUGGCUGGCUUCACUGUGGCCCAUGAUGUGAGUGCUCGGGACUGGCAAAUGAGACGCAAUGGGAAGCAGUGGCUGCUGGGAAAAACCUUCGAUACCUUCUGCCCCUUGGGCCCUGCCUUGGUUACCAAGGACAGUAUAGCAGAUCCCCACAACUUAAAGAUCUGCUGCCGUGUGAAUGGGGAGGUGGUCCAGAGCAGCAACACCAGCCAGAUGGUGUUCAAGACAGAGGAGCUGAUAGCCUGGGUCUCCCGGUUUGUCACUCUUUACCCAGGGGAUGUCAUCCUUACCGGGACCCCCCCAGGUGUUGGUGUGUUCAGGAAGCCACCUGUCUUUCUCAAGAAGGGUGACGAAGUCCAGUGUGAGAUUGAAGAACUUGGCAGCAUCAUCAACAAGGUGGUGUGACAGCUUCCUCCCUCGAGCUCCAGCUAAGGUGGAGCCUCUGCUGUGCCACUUGGCCCAAUGCUGCUCCUCUAGGUAGGAGGAAGGAAGGUGGAGCUCCACAAUAAAUUCAAGUUGAAGCUUAGCUUA